AUGGGUGUAGAAGUGGGUUUGGAGGAGUGCGACCGUGAUGGUGACGUAGACGCCGAACUGAAAUCAGAAUCUCCCCGAACCUCGCGUGCACUGUCCGGCCUAACACCACCCACAACCGCUUGCACAGGGCGAGACCUAGCACAAAAGCUCUGCCCCGUGAUCAGUCUUGUUAAAGUGCCGGCGUUAGUAGAUGGCGAGGCUAUCGCGAGGGAUGCCAACAUUUUUGCAUUUCGCAAGGCCAUGCCUCGAAUGGUCAGUUCAAUGACUUUUGAAAAAUUUCAGCCCAAGCCUAUAAAAUACACAAUGUUUCUAACAGUAGCCCCGGGAGAUAUGAUCUCCGUUGACCCUGCAGCUAUCCGUUGCCUCCAAGAGCCUGGCUCCUCUAGGACAGAGUCCGAAUAUGAACACCCCUCAGACUCCGAGUCGAAAUCCGAGUCCUCGGGUCCCUCCCAGCCCAAUCCUUCCGCAAAAACCACUUCCACAAAGUCCUCACUAACUCCUUUUCACCUCCCACCUUACACGGCUCCUUUCAUCUUCGUCCCGCAUAUGCCGAAGUUUCCUUCCCCGCCAUACCUAACGGCACGCCCAGGAUACGAUAAAAUUCCAACGCCCAACAAUGCCGACGGUGAACUUGUUCGGCUGGCAUGGGACUGGUACUCAAAAAUGUGA